CCACUGCAGUAAAGCUGUAGGCUAAGGGAUGUAGCAGGCAGCUGCUGAUAUGUUGGUGUUGUAGUAGCCGAAGCUUGUAUUCGCCUAUAUUGCGCACAUCUAACAUAUACUAACUGACUAGCUAGCUAUAUCUUAUCUAUAUUUUCUAAGGGAGUUAUCAAACCAAACUGAGAUCGAAAUUAGCUACAAUUGGUACAUUUUCGGAAUUACCAUUUCCUGUCAUUUUGAUAGGCAUUUCCUGUUGCGAAAUAGCUAGGUAGCGGUUCGUGGCAGUAAGCUAGCUGACGUUGGCUAAUUGGUAGCCUAGCUAGCUAGAUGAUAAAUUGUAGAAGACUUGGAAAUAAUCAUUCUUUGCUGGACGACAUUGAAUAUGGAAGGAUCGUGUAAUAUUGCCACGUUUUACCGGGGAUAUAUUACAACGGACAUAAUUUUUACAGGAUAACCUUAGCUACAUGAAAUGUCAUAACGUUAAGCUAGCCGCGGAGAUGGAGGGACCCACAACCCCCUGAAUAGCUGCACUGAUGGAGAAAUGUCCUCCUCCAAGAUGAGCAAGUCAAAUACUGCACAAGGUUUAGCGGAAUUAUAUUAGCGUCUAUCUUAUCUCUAUAGCUAUAUUAGUCUGUCAAGCAAAUGGGAGACUGGUUAUUCGGAGUUAGCUCAUAAUUGACAGCUAACGUUAGCUGCUGGUGAAUAAAUCACUGCAGUUUUUGGCAUCUGCAAACAACAAGACUGGCUUUGUCAGACAAACCUUAGGCCUUGUCCAGAAAACAAAGUUAAUUUGUGAAACGGACAUCGCUGGAAAUAAGGACAUUUGAGCUUUCUGCAUCGUCAUUUGAGCAUUCUGCGUCGUUUUGAUUGAAGUGAGGAUAAUAUUUCCUCAUCAUCUGACUGAUUAGUUAUCAUGAGGAAGUUCUUUGAUUCAUCUCGUCGGGAGUUGGUCAGUUCAGGACCUGGUUCUGGAGGAGGUAGCAGUGGAUCCAGCCAUGUAGGUGGCAAUUUAAUUGGACGUUCAUGUACUAUAGGGCGGCACCAAGUCACUAUUGAAGAAACAGUGGCCGAAGGGGGGUUUGCCAUCGUGUUCCUGGUACGAACCAGCCAAGGACUCCGCUGUGCCCUCAAGAGGAUGUAUGUCAAUAAUGAGCACGACCUGCAGGUGUGCAAGCGAGAGAUCCAGAUCAUGAAGGACCUGGUCGGCCAUAAGAACAUCGUUGGCUAUCUGGACUCUAGUAUCACCACUUGUGGAGGAGGAGAUGUGUGGGAAGUGCUCAUCCUCAUGGACUACUGUAAAGGGGGCCAGGUGGUGAACCUGAUGAACCAGCGUCUGCAGACAGGCUUCACAGAGGCAGAGGUGCUGCAGAUCUUCUGUGACACGUGUGACGCCGUGUCUCGACUGCACCAGGGCAAGACACCCAUAAUUCACAGGGACCUCAAGGUGGAGAACAUCCUGUUACAUGAUAAAGGCCACUAUGUACUGUGUGACUUUGGCAGUGCUACCAAUAAGUUCCAGAACCCACAGAUUGAAGGAGUGCCAAUAGUCGAUGAUGAAAUAAAAAAGUACACCACUCUGUCAUAUCGUGCCCCUGAGAUGGUAAACCUCUACAAUAGCAAGAUUAUCACUACUAAAGCUGACAUAUGGGCGAUGGGCUGUUUGCUGUAUAAGCUGUGCUACUUCACUCUACCCUUCGGGGAGAGUCAGGUGGCCAUCUGUGAUGCCAGCUUCACCAUUCCUGAUAAUUCCCGCUACUCCUACAACCUGCACUGCCUCAUCCGGUACAUGCUGGAGCCCGACCCUGACAAAAGGCCUGACAUCUACCAGGUGUCCUACUUUGCUUUUAAAUUGGCUCGUCGGGACUGCCCUGUUCAGAAUGUGAAGAACUCUCCAAUUCCUGCUCAACUCCCUGAGCCAAUCAAAGCCAGUGAGGCAGCUGCAGCGAAGAAGAGCCAGAGCCAGACACAGAGUAAGGCUAGGUUGACAGAUCCUGUCCCCACCACUGAGACCUCCAUCACGCCGCGGCAGAGGCCCAAAGCUGGCCAUGCCCAGCCCAGCGCUGGCAUCCUACCCAUUCAACCAGCUGCCCUCACCCCUCGCAAACGGGCCAAUCUCCCUGCCCUUCCUCUCGGAGUCAACUUAAACCUUGCCCAGCAAGCGGCAGCCCUCCAAUCACAGAAGGCACAGACCACAGCUCCGCCUCAGCCAGUGACCGGCCGUUCACAGAACCCUCCUAGUCAGGCCACACUUCAGCUGGGUGGAAAGCCCCAAGCUGUUGCUCAGCAGAAGCAGCUAGGGCAACUGCAGCAGCAGCCAAUCGCGGCAGCAGUCACCGCAGCAGGGGGAGGAGUCCCACCUGUGCAGGCCAAGACUGAGGCCCCGAGCGCCCCACUACAGGCUGUGCCUCCCUCGCUGGCCAGUCCCAUCCCCCAGAAGGCCCAGGUCCCGUCUAGCCCAGCCCCACCCAAAGCCCCAGCACGUCGUAAGCAGGCCGGCCAGAGCCAGGCCCAGCAGCAGCCAACCGUUCAGCCCACUCCAGCCCAACCUCCGGCUGCACAGCAGCCUACAGCUCAGCAGCAACCAGUUCCUCUACAACCAGUUGCCCAGCAACCAGUGGCCCAGCUAGAAGCGGACCAACAGCCACCUGUCCAGGCCCAGUCCAUCCCUGCUAAAACCAGUCAGAACACAGCUGAGACAGAGACGACUUCUCUUCCUGCUCUGUCCAAGACCCCGCCCCACUCUCCAAAGGCUGCAGAGCGCACCCCGAGUGACUUUACCCAGAAUUCGGUCGGUGGGCUACCUAGAAGUGACUCCACCCAGCCACUGCAGGAGGCCACAGCAGAAGAUGGCCCCGACCAGUUAAUAUCUGUUGGUACAAUUCCACCCAAUUCUACCCAGUCCCUUCAGCAGAGUAUUUGUGAACCUGCCCAGGAUGGCAACUUUGCUGCCUUUGCCCCUUCCCCUGCCUCUGCCCCUGGCCCUCCCAUCGGCUCCCUCAGUCAGCCCGCCUGGAACCCUUUUGGUGAUGAUGACUUCUCCAAUCUCAGUGCGGAGCAUCUGAUUAACAAAGACUUGGUUGACGAACGGGCUGAUGACGUGUCUGCAGAGGUGGAGACGGCCCCCACAGAGGACCUGAUACCUGGCCUGCUGGAGGUCUCCUCCCCUCGGGAAACAGCCCCCCAACCUGCUGAAGUAGAGCAAUCUGAAGACCUCCUUGGCCUGGAUACAGGAGAGUCUUUGUUGACUGUUCCUGUCCCGUUCAGCAUCCUAGCACUCUCAGACACUCCAGAGAAGCUUAUUGAGGGACUGAAGUCCCCAGAUACACACCUCCUGCUCCCUGACCUCCUGUCCAUGGCUGAUCCUUUUAGUGGAACUAUGGAGGAGGCUGUCAAUGUAGUGGGUCCAACAGAGGAGUCUCUGGUGAGUCUGGACUUUCUGAUCCCUGGUCUGGAAGCUCCUGUGUCCCAGUCUGAGACAGACUCUGCACUGCUUCCUGACCCCCUGCUUGUGGAAGACACUCUGCUGGGCUGCUCUCUCAUCUCUCCCCCCUCUGGAGCCUACUCUUUCUCCUCUGCUCCCGCUUCCACUGGCACUGGGUCUGUUCUGGAUGAGUUUGACCUGGUAUCUGCGGGUUGCACCCAGCUGCUGGCAGACUCCUCUGAUCUCCUGAUCCCAGGCUUUGAGCCUGCGCCAAGUGCAGAGACGGGCAACGAGGAUGAGUUUGACCCCAUCCCUGUCACGGGCUCCAAAAACUCCUCUCAAGACCUGCAGAGGGAACCUAGCAGCUGUGAGACACUACCAGGUUCCUCCAGGACCGACAGCUCUGGACCAGCUGUUGAAGAGGAGCACAGACAGAGACCUCCCUUUGCCCACAGCAGCAUCAUUCCCCCCUCACUGUAUCCAGAUGAGACAAACUCCCACCUGUUGCCUUCUAAGUCCUCUGACCAGCCAAUCAAGCCCGGCCAGAAACAGUCCCAGUGUUUCUCACCUCCUACACAGCAGCACCCAGUCCCCUCCCCUGAUAUCUUCCUGCAGGCCCCUUUCAGGAUUGCAGGGAAAGAAGGGAGAGAUGUGUUUACCAACUCCCCUUUCCCUCUGGCCCACAAGCCUGCUCUGCCAUCUGAUCCUUUCCUCCAGGCCCCCUUUGGGAAGAGGAAUGAGAUAGCUGGGGCUGCUGUCACUGUCUCCCACCCUCCACAGCCCAACAAACAGCCCCUCUGCCAGGUCCAGCCAAACACCCACCAUCCCCAUAGUCUUUUACAUCCCAGUGUCCAGGGGAAGGCCCUGUUCACACCUGUUGCUGCCCCUAGGCCCAUCAUCCGGCAGGCCCAGCCCAGGUACUCCCGGUGCUCAGAGGUCCCCCUGCCCCAGCAGCCUGUCGCAGCCCACCGCGUGGUAUCCAGUGUGGGGCAGCAGGCUGCUGUGGGCUCGGUGGCUGUGGGCCCCCUGCACUCCUGGACCAUUGGAGGCAGAGCUAUAGUGGAUCCAUUCCUCAGGGCUCCCUUCCACCCCAGAUGCCAACAGGGAAAGCCUUGAUAUCUGGACCCCCCCUCCCCUCUCCCCAAAUUCAAAAUCUGGCCCCACACCAAAUGCCAAAGCUGGCCUCCAUCUAGUGCCUACAUGUAAGGAGGGAGGUUAUCAGCGGAAGUCUGUCCCAAGCCAGCCCUGCUCUUUCCCCCUGUGGAGGGCAUAACCCAGUCCCAGCAGCCCUCUUGUAAGUGUGCAAUCUAGAUUACUCUGGCUCCCUCUGUUGAGGAUGUAAUAGGUAGACUGACUGUUUUUCUGUGCAAUUGCCGUAUUAAUCAUGACUUGCUCCAUCUUGCCCAUAUUCUUGUAUAACCAUAUAACUUGUUUUUUUACACGCUCGUUCUACCUCAGCUUUCUGAUUCGCCUUCAGAUGAAACACUGGUAGAUUGCGGCACUUCAUUUGCAUUUCAUGAGGAUUUCCAGGACACAUCAAACUGCUAGAACUAUAUUGAAAAUAAAGAUUGUCCAGGAUCGUUUCACUUUAAAAGUACUAAUGGCAAUCUACAUUUUCUGAAUUUGAGAAAUCUCCCAUGUAAAAGGAAAAGAAGAACAAAGGAUAUUGUUUUAUUUGUUAAUGGUUUGUGUUUGUAUACUUACUGUAUAUAAUUUUUUUUACAUUGUUUUCAACACCAUGUUAAUAAUAUACUAAAUGUUGUGUAAAUGACAUUGGGUUUAUAUGGUUCGACUAUACUAUGGUAGUACUAAAUUACAUCAGUUGAGUAUUUUCCUGAUGAGCUGGUGACAUUUGACCUCUGUCAAACGUGUAUAUUCUCCUUCUAUUACUCCAUACUUUUUAACCGUUGUUUUACGUAGUUUCCUUCACAGGUCAACAUAGGUCUUUAAAUGUUUUAUAAAAAGACCUGUUGUCAACAGCAAGAGGAAAGGCUUAUCGUGAAGGAUACUUAGCUUUGGUCCAUAACCAUAGCAGGAGUCUAUCUCUAUGAGGUAUUUGAAUGUCUUGUUAAGUUACUAUGGAUCAAAAUGCACUCUAACACACAUUAGGAACACCUUCCUAAUAUUGAGUUGCACCCCCCCCCCCUUCUCCUCAGAGCAGCCUCAAUUCACAUUGACUCUACAAGAUGUUGAAAGUGGUCCACAGGGAUGCUGGCCAAUGUUUCGUCUAAGCUGCGCUCGGGCACGCAGCUCCCUGGGACUGCUAUAAGAAAUAUCAGCGCGUGCAGAGAAGCACGAGAUUAAACUUCACGCAACUUACUAGUUUUCCCUGUUAACACUAUCACCGUUUCCCUUUACUGUGGGAAUUGUGAUCAAAGCAAUAUUAGCAACUUUCAAUGCAACAUCCCGAAACAAAACAAACUAUGCAAGACUUAGUAUGCAAAACUAACUACAAGAGAUUUUGUUUUUUCGUCAGAACGCAUCAGAGCAGGAUUCUAUUACAUUGACAGGCACGCCUCGGCACAUACUCUACACAGACCGGUGCGGCAUAACCAAUCAGAGCUGCAGUAGGCCUAUAUGCAAAUAGACCAUUGCCAUAUAUGGAUCUGUGCCAUUCCUUUGAACUGGACUGUGUUUACAGCAUCAGCGGUCAUGGGUAGAUGCACUUGUUUUGAGAUCAAAGCGAGAGCUGCAUGUAGCCACGUGUGCACAUUUGUUCAUAUCCUUUGCUAGUUUGUGAGUUAUUAGCCCAGUUAUAUAUCAUUUGUAGUCAGCAACGGGGGAGUGAUUGUUCUCUACAAGAGCACAAAAGAUGUACAUUUCUAGACAUCUUUGAAAAGCGAGUCAGGUAAAGAGCUUUCUUUUUGUCUUAAAGGGGCAGUGUUGUACUUUGAAACAGGCUUGAAUAAACUAAGUAGCCAAUAGGCAGAGGGUAGCAUAAUUUGUCUGAUUCUCUCUAAUAAUGGUAUGGGAAUAAUGAUAAAUUUUAUUUUGUAAAGUGGUUUCUUGCAUCAAACAACACAACAUUUUCAGUCACCUCCUUGUCUCGAUGACAAGUGUAUAGCUCCACCCGGCACAGCCAGAAGAGGACUGGCCGUCCCUCAGAGCUUGGUUCCGCUCUAGAUUUCUUCCUAGGUUCUGGCCUUUCUAGGGUGUUGAGGACAGCACAGCAGUCUGAUGCUCUCACCUGUGAUUACUGUUCAACAACACCCUCACUGGUCAAUGCUUUGUUAACAACCACACUGUGCUGUUAACAGAAUGAAGGAUUUUUCAUGAAAUUAUGUAGUAGGCUGGUUGUUUCUUUUUAUUCAGUCCCUUUACAUGUCUACCAAUCUUAUUAAACAUUCACGUUAACAAUAUGCUUAUUUACACAUUUGUAAUUGUACUCACUGUCAAGUGGCAUUCUUACCACUAAUGACUAAUGGUCCAGAGUGAUCGGUCAGAAGGGUAUUUUACCAAAUGUAGUCCUUAUACAACAUGGAAGUGAAGAGUCUUUAUAUCUCUGAUUGCUUCAGUGUGUGCGAGCAUGUUCUCAGCAUCACCCUCACCAUGUAGGAAAUUGCAACAGAAAUAGCGGUAGUAGAGUGAUCUACCUGUCUGUCACACAGAAGGAGUUGAUCCAGGGGCAUGGCUCAGCGCUCCCUUGGGUGUGUGAGUCUAGUGCCUAACCUUCUCUGCCAGGGCUCUAUGGCAUCAUAGUUGGCCUUUGCUUUUACUGCCUCCAACCCCUCUGCCACCUAGUUUAGCUCGUUGCCGUUGGCGCAGUGAUUUGCCACAGGCAUGCCUAUAUGAGGUCACUCUCGACAGGAUUGUGUCUCUGUGUCCUAUAAUAUCUCAUUUAACCCAUUUUAAUCUAUCAGUCACAGGGGGGAAAAGCGUUUGUACUUUACAGGCUCUAGAGAAGUUAAAGUUGUACUUAUAAAAAAUAAGUAUUAUAUUAUGAAUGUGUCUAGUGUGAUUCAGAGAUGUUCCAUACGAUUUCUCAAAAUGGUAACAAGACCACAAGCAUUCAUCUCCAAGGUGUACUUUUACAGAAACAUUUGGUACUAGAAGUCUGUAUUCAACUGCUUAAAAAAACAAAUACAUUGUUGAAAUGUUUAAA